GUGUCAAAAGGCAGCAGGGAUAAUGAAAAAAGUGUAUGGGUUCGUUGCUACAUUGUAGUAGUUAUGUACAUCUCAAAUUUUCAGCCCAGGAUUUUUAUUUUGACUGAUGUGAGUAUUUCUUAGUCAGUCUUCAUCUUCCAGCUUUGACUGAAAAUAACUCUCCUGAAAACUGUUGGCAAUACUCACAAUGUGAUCUACAAAGAAACAUUUGAUGAUCUUGCUUGAUAACUUACCGGCGGGCAGAAAAUAUAUCAUGUUAGUACCAUUCGUAAGCAAACAUGUACCUUAUUUCUGCUUAGAUGUUCUCUGUUUCUUAUUUCAUAAGUGUUUUGCAUUCCCUAUAGAAGCUGACCGGCCAAAUUUAUGUUUACUACACUAGCAUAGUCUCUCAAGUACUGCACUCCAGCAGGCCACCCAACCCAUAUUUAAAAUCGGGUACUUUUAGUUCUGACUGCAGUCAUAUAGAUAUUCAUGUAUAAAAUUGUUUGCCUUUUGUUCUGGUUAAAUCCAGUGAUGGCGCUCUAGGUGAUCAUGCUUCUUAGCCGCUAUUAGCGGGCGAAGGCGCAGCGUGUACAAGUAUAUCUUUCCACAUAGAAAAUAAUUCAUCUACACAAGCCUUCAGAACAGGGUAGAUUUCCUAGAAGGCGACACCAAAUAGAUCAUUUUUGUACCCAGGUUUCCUUUCAAGCUUAGAAUUAUCAAAUUCUACUACAGUUUAUAUUUGAUGCAUGAAAUUGACCUCUUAGCAAUCACCGGUUCAACAAUCUUUGUAUUAUAUGCAACCAUCAGGCUUAUGCAUAUAAUCGUUCAGGUCCUGAUUUUUUAAAUUAAAUAUUCUUAAUGUUGAGCGUAAAUCGUCGCCUGCAAAUCCAACCCCAUAGUAAGUCACCGCCUCGCUGUUAUUUUCAUCUGGUACAAGACUAGGUAAGGCAAGCAGAUUCUUAUAGGUUGAUCUAGCCUAGUGUCUAUUUUGAGCGUAAAAUUUUCAUUUUUUUCAUAGAUAAAACUGUUUGGGUAAGCUAAGGAUUUUAUGGCUCAAUUUGGGGAAAGAUCAAAUGUUGUGUGCGCUGUUCGUAUGUACCCGUGUUAUGAAAAUUUUGCUAUAAUAUCAGUUUAGCAACUCAAAUAUUACACAGUAAGCAUACAUUGGAUUUGAGGAGGCCCCAUAUGUCUUCCAAGCUAAAGUUGGCACUUGGCAGGUGGCUGCCUUGCUUAGUCGGUAUGGGGUCUGAGACGAUCCUUGGCAACACAACAGAGGGGAAGCCAAGACUAUCCUUUGGAUUAUGUGUUCCCCUGUCUUAUUUUGUUUGUUUGAGCACCCUCAACGAUAUACUUGGGUGGUAUUGCAAUCUUCUAUAAGUAUCUACCUGUAAUCAUGUAUUAUGUAUUGCAGAUGGACCAGCUGAUUCAACGGUUGACAGAAAGGACUCUACCUGCAAACAAGACCAUUGUUCCCAAGGUGGUGAAACACAAUACCUUGGGCCACAUCUUCCAGAGGUACGCCAUGAAACGCUGAUGAUGGGCUAUGAAUGCUCCAACUAUACUAAUUGGUUGAGCUGUGCUUGGUAAAUAGGAGUAUUUAGUACGAACAUAUCCUUAGUGCUGCAACCUGCUACAAUCCUACUGCAGUGUGCCUUUCAGCAGUUAGCACAAUUGCACGGUGAACCAACUACUAUUCUUUUAGAACCAAGACAGUGAGGAAAAGUAACCUCCCUUUACUCAGCAGUCAGCACAAUUGCACGGUGUGCCUUUGUAUUGCGUUGCAAUCAUGUGCAAGCACUUGGGUUAAAAUGUUACUCAACAUGGUUUUCUUUAUUUCUUUUGUCCAUUUGAAAUAAUUUCUCACAUGCUUGUGUAUACAGGAUAUCUGGUGUCAUAUAUAUUCCCUACUGCCAAUGCGAGAUGCUGCUCGAGCUGCUUGCGUGUCUCAUGCAUUUAAACGUUCUUGGAGAUGCUAUCCGAACCUUGCUUUCAAUAUGACAACAUUGGGCAUAGAUAUAGAAUCAUGUGGAGAGGACGAAAUAGCAAGAAAUUUUACUAGCAAAGUUGACCACAUUUUGAAAAACCGUCCAUGCACUGCCACCAAGACACUUGAGAUUGUUUUCCGUUUCUACAAUGCCAAAAGUUUGUAAUAUUGACAGUUGGUUUCAGAAUGCCGUUACACCGGGAAUUGAAGAACUCACCGUGGAACUAUCUUCAAAGUCAGGAAUAUAUUACAACUUUCCGUGGUCACUUUUAGCUAAUGAGAGCGGAAACACGAUUCGGUAUCUAAAUAUUUCUCGUUGUGCUUUCUCUCCCACCAGCGGGUUAUGCUUUAAAAGCCUGUCAAGACUCGACCUGAGUGAUGUUGAUAUCACAGGGGACCAAUUGGGGUCCCUUCUUCACAAUUCUUUUGCUUUGCAACGGAUGCAACUCAAGUUUUGCAAUAAGAUAAUUUGCUUGAAAAUACCAUUUCAUCUACAACAACUCAGAUAUCUGGAUGUGUUUGACGGCGGCAGGAUGCUGCGGGUUAUAGAGGUAGAAGCUCCAAACCUCUCUAAUUUCCAGUUUAGGGGACAUCGUCAAGUACAACUAUCAUUUGGAGUAGGAUUACAAUUCAAGAAUUUCGACUUGUCCUUUCCUGGUGUUCUCAGCUAUGUUUGUGCUGAUUUUCCGUCUAGCUUGCGCUAUGUUGAAGCUCUUUCUCUAGGUUCAUGUCAUGAGAUGAUUGAUACACCAGUUUUACCUAGCAAAUUCUUACAUCUCAAGCACUUGAAUGUUGAUCUUAGUACACUGACAUUUCCCUCGACCUAUGACUACUGUUCUUUGAUAUCCCUUUUUGAUGCUUCUCCUUCUUUGGAGACCCUUGUCAUGAAUGUUUUGCAGAAAAAGAUGUUGCAUGAAUCAAUCGUGGGAGAUACAUCACAUUUGAGGCAGAUGCCAGGGCACCGCCAUGAUAGCCUCAAGACAGUGAAGAUUAUUGGUUUCUCCUCUGCAAAGAGCUUAGUAGAGCUAACAUGCCAUAUCAUUGAGAAUACAACGUCACUUGAGGGCCUUACAUUGGACACCACAACAGGACAUCCUUUGUAUAGUUGUUUAACCAACAAUAUUGGAAAGUGCAUGCUGUUGCACGGGGAUUUUAUGGUGGAAGUUCGUCAAGGGCUCUUGGCUAUCAGGACAUAUGUUGAGCCAAAAGUUCCUUCCAGAGUCAAGCUAAAUGUUGUGGAGCCUUGCCGCCGAUGCCAUGAUCAACCACUGAUCAUAUGUUGAACUUCAUAUGCAAGUUAUCAUAAGUACCACAUGAUUCCUGUGUAAGUUAAACUAGAACGUUGAACCUUGCUGCUGCUGCUACCCGGGUUAUACACCCCAAACCCAAUGUUUAACAUGAGGCUCGUGUGUUGCCAUGUAAGUAGACCUCCUGCCGCUGCAAUGUUUCUAGGUGUAGGUGCAAGCAAAGUAUAACUGGAAUGGACCGAAAAUUGUUGAUCCAUAAAAGAUGUACUCCCAGCAUACAGUAGAGCCACUGCUCUUUUUCCAUUGAGAUAGAUGACCACAGUGGGUGUGGAAGGGGAGAGCACCACUGAUGGUUUGGGCAGAAAUGAACAUCACAUUUUCUGUGUUGUUCCCUGUAUUUCAGGUUCUUCAGUGUCAGUUUGCUGUCGGCCAGUAUGAUCUUCCUGCAUGAUAUGAAUAUUUGGUACUAAUU